CUACCAGCUAGUAACAGACCAGAAACAAACAGAUUGAGGAGAAAGAAAUGGCUUCACCAGCAGCGCUGCAAAGAUCACAACUCUCUUCGUCUUCUCCGUCACCUCUCCAACGAUUCUCUACCUUCAAAACUCCUUCCUCUUCCUCCUCUCUACCAUCCUCCACUGCCACUUCCCCCUUAGACUCCUUUGCCAAGGACCCUAUUCUUUCUCCAUUUCUAUCUCCAUCCUUCUCUUCCACUUCCUUCUCCUCUGCCGCCCUUUCUUCCGGUUCUCCUGCCUCCACUGCCGAACACCUUCACAACGCCAUUCGUCUGCUCGAAUCUCAACUCCGAACUGAAGUCCUCUCCCGUCACUCCGAACUUCUCAAUCAAUUAUCAUCUCUCAAACAUGCAGAAGUCGCUCUCUCCACCGUCCGGUCCGCUGUCUCCUCUCUCCAGUCCUCCGUACGCCGUGUUCGAUCGGAGCUUUCUGAACCCCACAAAUCUAUCCAAUCCAAAACUCUGCAACUUUCUAAUCUCCAUAGCUCUACUGAACUUUUGCAGCACACUAUCCGUGCUCUCCGACUGUCGAAGAAGCUCCGCGAUCUGAUCUCUGUGUCGGAGGUAGAGCCUGAAAAGCUGGAUCUGGCCAAGGCCGCGCAGCUUCAUUGCGAGAUCUUGAACAUGUGCAGUGAAUAUGACCUGAUGGGAAUCGAUUGCAUAGACGAAGAGCUCAAUUGGGUUAAAGAAAUUGGCGAAAGAUUGCGAAACGAGGCAAUGAAAGUUCUGGAGAGGGGAAUGGAGGGAUUGAAUCAAGCUGAAGUUGGUACAGGAUUGCAAGUCUUCUAUAAUUUGGGAGAGCUAAAAGUCACCGUGGAGCAGCUUGUUAACAAGUACAAAGGGAUUGGAGUGAAGAGUGUGAGUAUGGCAUUGGAUAUGAAGGCCAUUUCUGUAGGAGGUGGUGGUAGUGGAUAUGGACCUGGAGGAGUAAGAGGGAGUGGAACACCGCAAAUCGGAGGAGGAGCAAAAGCCAGAGAAGCGCUGUGGCAGAGGAUGGCAACUUGUAUGGAUCAAUUAUAUUCCAUUGUGGUUGCUGUUUGGCAUUUGCAGAGGGUCUUGUCCAAGAAGAGGGAUCCUUUUACGCAUGUCUUGUUGCUUGAUGAGGUUAUUAAGGAGGGUGAUCCCAUGUUAACUGUUCGGGUAUGGGAGGCACUCGUGAAAGCUUUUGCAAGCCAAAUGAAGUCUGCUUUCACUGCAUCAAGUUUUGUUAAGGAGAUAUUUACUUUGGGAUAUCCAAAGCUCUUCUCAAUGAUAGAGAAUCUACUAGAAAGGAUCUCGCGGGAUACAGAUGUCAAAGGGGCUUUACCAGCCAUCAACUUGGAGGGAAAAGAGCAGAUGGUUACUGCUAUUGGAAGUUUCCAGACAGCUUUUUUGGCUAUGUGUUUAAGUCGCCUUUCAGACCUGGUAAAUACUGUUUUCCCAAUGUCCAGCCGAGGAAGUGUUCCUUCCAAAGAACAAAUUUCUCGAAUUAUAUCACGUAUCCAGGAAGAGAUUGAAGCUGUUCAGUUGGAUGGGCGUCUGACUCUUCUCGUGUUGCAUGAAAUUGGCAAGGUUUUGCUUUUGCUUGCAGAACGAGCCGAAUACCAGAUAUCUACUGGUCAUGAGGCUCGUCAAAUUACAGGUCCUGCAACUCCAGCACAAGUCAAGAACUUUGCUUUGUGUCAGCAUCUGCAAGAAGUUCACACACGCAUAUCAUCAAUGAUUAGUGGAUUGCACAGUAUUGCUGCAGAAGUGCUAUCUCCCUCGCUGGGUGCAAUAUAUGGGGUUGCUCGUGAUUCAGUUACACCCUUGUUCAAAGCAAUGGUUGAUCGUCUUGAGUCAUGCAUCUUGCAAAUUCAUGAGCAGAAAUUUGGUGUUCUUGGCAUGGAUGCUGCAAUGGACAACAAUGCUUCCCCAUACAUGGAGGAGUUACAAAAAUGCAUUCUUCACUUUCGAACUGAGUUCUUGUCUAGGCUGUUACCUUCUUCAAACAGUGCUACAACUGCAGGGACAGAAACUAUAUGCACCCAGCUUGUACGAAGCAUGGCAUCAAGGGUUUUGACAUUCUUUAUUCGACAUGCUUCUCUUGUAAGACCCCUUUCAGAAUCUGGGAAACUCAGGAUGGCUAGAGACAUGGCUGAGUUGGAGUUAGCUGUAGGCCAAAAUUUGUACCCAGUAGAACAACUCGGUGCACCCUAUCGUGCUCUCCGAGCAUUUCGACCACUUAUUUUCUUAGAGACAUCUCAACUUGAAGCAUCUCCUCUUCUUCAAGAUCUUCCACCAAACGUCAUAUUUCACCACCUUUACACCCGAGGCCCUGAUGAAUUGCAGUCCCCGCUACAAAGAAACAAACUCACACAUCUACAGUAUUCAUUAUGGCUUGAUUCUCAAGGGGAGGAUCAGAUUUGGAAAGGUAUUAAAGCAACGUUAGAUGAUUAUGCUGCCAAGGUUAGAUCAAGAGGAGACAAGGAAUUUAGUCCUGUAUACCCUCUUAUGCUUCAAUUGGGGUCGUCCUUGACAGAGAACACUCCUGCCUCCCAAAAGCCUUGAUUUCCUUGCCAAGGAUUCUUCACCUCUUCAAGGGUAUAUAGGAAAGACAGAAGUAAGCUUGACAGAGUAUGUGUUUUCUUUUGGUUUAAAUUUUAUAUUCAUUUCUGUUUUUGGCUAGUUAACUGAUUUACGAGCUCGUCACCCUAUCUAAUUUUGUAGAGUUGAUAUUGAUUAAUUGGUUAUGGAAACAUGCAUCGACAAUUAUUAUUUUAUUUUUAA